UGAUAGUAUAAUUAAUCUAUUUGUAUUUGAACUCAUCUACGUUACCAUGUAUCAGUAAUGGUAAUUUUUGAAACAUAGCAAUGUCUCAACAGAUUAUAUAUUCGUUCUAAUUUUAGGACACGUUCGAUUCGAUUGCAUCACCUCUGUACGGUAUAUAUAGGCCUUUCUAAACAGAAAACUGGUAAUCCGGCUAUCGGUACAACUUAAAGAGCGAGUGUAUAUUCACCGAAAUCUGUUUUUGGAACCAGCUCAUAGGUUCUCAGUAGUCGAAUAUUUGUUAAGUGACAGAGCUAGCUAGCUCAUUCUUGCUGUAGGAUUUAAACAGUCGCCUUUCCAAACAGAAAACUGAGUAUCGACUAUCGGUACAGUUUAAAAAGCGAGUGUAUAUUCACCGAAAUCUGUUUUUGGAGCCACCUCAUAGAUUCUCAGUAAUGUCGAAUUUUUUUAGUGACAGCUCCUUGCUGUAGGAUUUAAACAGACGGUCACGUAGUUUAUAAACCCUGCACUGCAUGCAGUAAAUUAUAUUGUUUGCAUGCAUUGCCAAAAUUGCUAGCUAUAUAUAUAGUGUGCUUGUGGCAAGCUCAAACGCCAGAUAAUCAUUUACAAGUGAACAUCUAUACAUUUGUCUGAAUUGUCUUGCAAAAUGGAGCAUUCUGUUAAAGAAGCAGUUUUUUGUGAGUCUGUUGGUUCUGAGGAUGAUGAGAAAGGAAAAAAGGGUAAGAAAGCUUCUGCUGCUGCAGCCGAUGGGUCUGGAGACCGGCUGAAAGAGAUGAUGCCCUCUCCAGAGUUCCUGAGAGAUCGUCAGAUUCUUUGGGACAAAUUAAAGAAGGAAGCUGAUGAAAAAUUAGCUGCAAUGCCUUCUGAACCAAUCAAGAUAACCUUGCCUGAUGGGAAAGUGGUGGAAGGUCAGUCAUGGCGGACCACUCCGUAUGAGGUCGCUAAGGGUAUCAGUCAAGGGUUGGCUGACAACUGUGUGGUUGCAAAGGUGAAUGAUGUGCAAUGGGACCUUGACCGGCCAUUUGAAUGUGAUGCCACACUACAGCUGCUCAAGUUUGACGACAAAGAAGGGGAAUAUGUUUUCUGGCACUCCAGUGCUCACAUAUUGGGAGAAGCGAUGGAGAGACUGUAUGGAGGACAUUUGUGUUAUGGACCUCCUAUAGAGGGAGGCUUUUAUUAUGACAUGUGGUCGGAUGGCAGGAACGUGUCAUCCGAGGACUACCCUGUAAUAGAAACCAUGGUAAAGGGCAUUGUUAAAGAGAAGCAGCCCUUUGAACGCCUUGUUAUGACCAAGGAAAACCUGCUCAAGAUGUUUGCUUAUAACAAAUUCAAACAGAGGAUCUUGAAUGAGAGAGUGACCACUCCCACCACCACUGUCUACAAGUGUGGCCCCCUGAUUGACUUGUGUCGAGGCCCCCAUGUAAGACACACUGGAAAAGUAAAAGCUCUGGCUGUGACCAAGAAUUCCUCCACGUACUGGGAAGGCAAGGCUGAUGCAGAGAAUCUCCAGCGAAUCUAUGGUAUUUCAUUCCCUGAUACAAAACAGCUUAAGGAGUGGAAACAUUUCCAGGAGGAGGCUGCUAAACGGGACCAUCGUAAACUUGGAAGGGAACAAGAAUUAUUUUUCUUCCAUGAGCUGAGUCCUGGUAGCUGUUUCUUCCUCCCGAAAGGAGCUCAUAUAUACAACACCCUUAUAGACUUAAUAAAGAGUGAAUACAAAAAGAGAGGAUUCCAGGAAGUGGUUUCUCCAAACAUUUACAACAGCAAGCUCUGGGAACAGUCUGGUCACUGGCAACAUUACCAGGAUAACAUGUUCCAGUUUGAAGUUGACAAGGAAAAAUUUGCCCUCAAACCAAUGAACUGCCCUGGCCACUGUUUGAUGUUUGAUGUGCGUCCCCGAUCCUGGAAGGAGCUGCCUGUGAGAAUGGCCGACUUCGGUGUAUUACACAGAAAUGAAAUCAAGGGUGCACUUAGUGGUCUGACCCGUGUCCGAAGGUUCCAACAGGAUGAUGCUCACAUCUUCUGUCGACCAGACCAGAUCAAGGAGGAGAUUUCUGCCUGUCUUGAUUUCCUGAAGCAUGUGUAUGGUGUGUUUGGAUUUACCUUCAAGCUCAACUUGUCUACUCGUCCGGAGAAGUUUAUGGGGGAGAUCGCCGUAUGGGACGAGGCGGAGAAGCACCUUGCCGAAUGUUUGGAUGAAUUUGGACAAGGCUGGGAGCUGAACCCACAGGACGGCGCGUUCUAUGGGCCAAAGAUUGAUAUUACAAUCACGGACGCCCUGAAGCGGUCACACCAGUGUGCCACAAUACAGCUGGACUUUCAGCUACCCCUUCGCUUCAACCUCACCUAUGUCACUGGUGAGGAUGCUGCUGAUAAGAAGAGGCCCGUGAUCAUCCAUAGAGCUGUCCUGGGGUCUGUGGAGAGGAUGAUUGCCAUCUUAUGUGAGAGUUACAGUGGCAAAUGGCCAUUCUGGAUGUCCCCACGCCAAGCUGUUGUGAUACCAGUGGCUCCCCUCUACAAUGACUAUGCCAAUCAGGUAAAGGACCAGAUCCAUAAUGCCGGAUUCAUGUGUGAUACAGAUGUUGAUGAGGGAACCACUCUCAAUAAGAAGGUCCGCAACUGUCAGUUAGCCCAGUACAACUUCAUCCUGGUGGUCGGAGAGAAGGAAGUGACCAACAAAACGGCCAACGUGAGGACGCGAGACAAUAAGGUACAUGGGGAACACACCAUUGACGACAUUGUCACCCGUUUCCUGGCACUGAAAAAGUCACAAUGUCUGGAUGCGGAGGAGAAAUUCUAAAUAUAAACUUUCCAAGUGUAGCAGAAUGAUUUUAAUUUAUUUGUGAUCUAAGGCUUCAAGUACUGUGCUGGUAUUAUGUGGUGUUCAUCGACAGUGGACAAUCCUUCAGACUAUUUCAAAUGUUAUAUUAAGCAUGUGCUAUAAGAUAAUUGUGAACUAUUUAUCAUGCUUUGUAUUUCGUUGAAAAACAGUUUCCACAAGUAUGCCACACACUUUCUGAUGGUUUACAGGGUUGGAUCAGAAACACAUUUAAGUGUUUACAUUAUAGUGACUUCAGUAGUAUCAGUAGUUAGAUAUAAUACCAUGUUUGUUUAGUGAUAGGCCACACGUACAAGGCAUUGAAACUAGCGGGUGUCAUAGUGGGGUUUCCAUUGAGACUUUGGUUCAUGUAGUGCUAUAUAUAUAUAGCUAUCUGACAGUAGUUUAAACAUUUCUUAAAAGUAGCAAAGCACGCUUGUUGUCCUGGGAGCAUUCAAACAGUUUGAGGUUUUACUUGCAUCAUGAAUAUCACAUCAGCUGGGGCCAUGAUUUUGUUUUGUUAGGAGGUUGUGUGCAAUGUGGUGUAAUGUUGAUCUGAUAUUGAUGGUAAUGAUUACAAACACAGUGCGAAAUCAUUAACACUUUAAUAACAAAAAUAUUAGUAUACAGAAGUUUACAAUGUUGAGAGUUUAUUAUUCCUCUCGCUACUACAAGCUUUUGGAUAGGGGGUGAUAUUAGGUUAUGUUUUCGCCUGUAGAAAAAAGCUUGUUCAAAGUUGUACUUUGCAGUCUUUCAAAACAUAUUUCUAUGAAAUAUUGUGCUGUACCUAAGUCUUUAAACUGUGCAGUCACGGUUUAUUUUUUCAUUGUGAUGGUUUUCUUAAGAGCAUUGUUUAUAUAAAGUUUGUCCGGAGCACUGCUUCCUUCUCUCUCAACUAAUUCUUAAGAAACAUUUUACUUGUGAUAGAUACAUAGGUGGACAUGUGCUUGUGAAUUCAUUUGAGUAAGUGCACUUUUAUAAUAAACGUAUACAAUUUUGUGUGUGGGAGUGACAGGUAUUAUGUUCACGGGAUAAUUUGUUACUCCUGUACUGUAUUAUUUAAUGCAUAUAAUGUUGGCACACCUAAAUCAUGGCGUUUCAUUUGUGACCAAUUUAUUCACCAGAAAGACUGCAAUAUUAAAUACCUUUUAUGUACGCAAGUCCCUGACUUGAGAUUGAAUGAGAAGGUGAAUACAAAAUUAUGUUAAUGUAUAUGACACACUUACUGUAAAUUGAGUUGAACCUCUUAAUGUGAUUAAAAUCGAAUAUACAAAAUAA